AUGAACGCUGAGUAUCAACAGAAUUUCCUCGCAGCAGCCUCUCAGCGGAAGAAGCGGACAACAUGGAUUCUUGAAGCACUUCGAUGGGAUGUAGCCUCAUUUUUCGAUCUCCGGUGCUUGAACUUGUGGCGUGUCGAUCGCACUUGUCGCCAGAUGCGCAGCGAGAUCGGGCUGUUGCCAUACAAGCUCAACACGUUCCGGGUAACUUUCCAAACACUCGGCUUCUUUGUCUCCAAGCUUCCACAAGCGAUUAAAAAGGUCAUCACAAGCAUCGUCAUCAACAUAGACGGACGCUUACUGUCUUCUCAGAAGGAACAGUUGGAGGAACUUCGAAUGUUCACUGCGCUGGAAACUAUAAUCAUCGAAUUCGAUGGACUUCAGCGAUCCAUGGAAAUAAGAGCGGUCAUAAUCGGGGACUGGAUUAAGAAUAUUACUGGGAAGGAUGAUGUAUUGUCAAUCUGGUAG